UGGAGUUCCGAUGUCCUCGAAAUAGAAUUGCCUGCACUGUUUUAUUUGAUUUUUUCUCUGAUACAGUCGCUCUAUUACAAAAGUAGUGGCAUGUUAUUAAUGCACUAUAAUGAAAGUUGAAUGUCGAUAAACGGAGUUUUCCUUCUCUCUUCUCUCAUUUACCAUGAUAUCGCGCAGUGCUGUCCCCGUCCUUCGAGCCGCCCGCCGCAUCAGCUCAUGUCAUUUCUCCUUCAAAAAUGUUCCAAUUCGUGUUCGGAAACUCUCUUCCUCGUCAACAUCAAGUACCCUACCGGUGCAACCGUCAAGUUCUAUCGCAGCGGUAGGGACAUUGACGAACGAGAUCGACAAGCUUGCUCCUCGCUUUGAGCUUGAUGGAUCACAAAUUCAGAUCUUGCGGACGCCAUCGGAGUUCUAUGAGACUCUGAAGGAAAAAAUCAAGCACGCGAAGAGGAGAAUAUUCUUAUCGACCUUAUACAUUGGCAAGACAGAGCAUGAACUAAUUGAGACGUUGAGAGAAUCUCUCAAAGCCAAUCCAGAUGUGACCGUCUCCAUCCUCACCGACGCCCUUCGCGGCACGCGGGAGACCCCCGACCCUUCCACCGCAUCACUACUCGCGCCGCUGGUCGCGGAAUUUGGGGAGCAGCGCGUGGAGAUCCGCAUGUUCCACACGCCCAACCUGACCGGCGUCCGGAAACGCGUGGUCCCCAACCGCAUUAACGAAGGAUGGGGGCUGCAGCACAUGAAGCUCUACGGCGUCGACGACGAGCUCAUCAUGUCCGGGGCGAACUUGUCCAAUGACUACUUCACGAACCGCCAGGAUAGGUACCACGUCUUCGCGGAUCGUGAGGUCGUGAAGUACUAUUCUGCGCUCCAUGAUGCUGUGUGUUGCAUUAGCUUUCGGAUCCGCCCGGGUCCCGAUACCUCAGGUGGUUAUACCAUGUCUUGGGAGCCGACAAACGCCGCUCCAUCUCCCCUGGAGGGACCAUCAAAAUUCAUCGCCGCCGCCUCAAAGUCCCUGCAACCCUUCACGUCCGUCUCCUCCCAAAUCGUCACCCAACCCCCCCAAACCAAAGGCGCACUCAGCAGCGGUUCGAAAACCGUCCUGUAUCCCCUCGUCCAGCUCACCCCUCUCCUAAAUCCCGACACCUCCACCGAACUCCCGGCCCUCCGUCUGCUCCUACGCAGCCUCGCCUCCCCCGCUUUCGCCGGCCACUCCUGGACCUUCACCGCCGGCUACUUCAACAUGACCCCCGAGACCCGCGACCUCCUCCUCCGCACCAACCCCUCCCACGCCACCGUCGUGGCCGCCAGCCCGUGGGCGAACGGAUUCUACGGAUCCGCCGGUGUGAGCGGGAUGCUCCCGGCGGCCUACACCCUCCUUGCGCGGCGGUUCGUGCGCGCGGUGAAGGCGGCCGGCCGGGGCGAGCAAGUGCGUCUCAAGGAGUGGCGGAAGGGGACGGUCGGGGAGAAAGGCGGGUGGACGUACCACGCGAAGGGGCUGUGGGUGACGAUGGCGGGGGAGAAGGCGCGAGGGCCGAGCAUGACGUUGGUGGGGAGCAGUAAUUAUACGAAGCGGAGUCAUCAAUUGGAUUUGGAGGCGAAUGCGCUAAUCGUGACGCGGGAUGCGGCACUCAUGAAGCGGCUGGGAGAGGAAGAGACGUGGUUGCAGGAUCAUGCGAAGGUGGUGGAGGAAGGGGAGUUCGAGCGGACGGAACGACGUGUCGGACUACAUGUAAGAAUAGCCAUGCUCCUCGUGAGCGCACUGGGCGGGGCAUUGUAAACUCGAUUCCAAUGUGACGCUCCGAGCCUCCGAUUCAUCCGUGGCCGAACGACACGUCGAAGUCACAAACAAGGCCCGUCGCCAACCUUCCUAUACCCACCAAGCGCCUCUACCCCCCCAACCAACGGCAACUGUAUCGCCACUGUCUGCUGCCGCAACGGAUACUCCGUGACGUGCCCCCGACCCG